AAGGCGGGCAUUACCAGGAAAGCUUUGUAUUCGGCUCGGUAAAAUGGCUGCGAGUGGAUUCAAUGAUUCUAUAAGCUGAUUUAGGGCAUUGCGAGUUUAGAUUUUAAUAUACACGUCCGUGCACUGGUCUAGCUUGACAAAUGAUGUUGUCAGUAACGAACAAUGUGGAUACGGCCUUAGCUAUUGCGUAUACAAUACGCCAAUGGCAAAAUAUUAAGCCAUAGCCACAAAAUAGCUGAUUCGGACUCGGCCUCAUGUGAGUCUUAUCCCAUCAUGCAGUGCCAUGCCUUGCAUGGAGACAGCUAGCUACAUGCAACAGUAAACCAUCUGGCCAUGGCGUCCGUAGAGAUGAGCAGUGCAAUCGGCGAUAUCACACGAGAUUUACCAUCUCUGAAUUUUGAAAAUGCAAUAUCUGAGGAAGAAACACCCUACCUUGUUUUAAGAGCAAGAUCCCACGUUAUUACGGUUUCAGCAUGCGCACAGGCGACGUAUUUUGCCGCUGUUUUAAACGAAGCGAGACAGUACAUCCUUGAGCUGAGGAGCCCCCAGCAAUCCAAGACGUCCAAGUUCCUCCAAGAUGCUCCACCCAGGGACCCUCUCCUGGUUGGAAUCAUCGGAUGUGGCCGUAUUGGUCUCCAUCUUGCCAACACCUUGCUCACCUAUGCUGACGUUCAACCCAAGGAGCUGUUUGUGUCAACAAGGCGGCCUGAAACUCUUGGGGUUCUCAGAAACAAGGGCGUGAGCUGUGAGUACAACAAUGCCAAGGUGGCUACCUCUGUGCACUUGCUCUUUCUCUGUGUGCUACCCUCCCAGCUUCCGGACAUUGCCAAGGAUAUCAAGGGCCACAUCCCAGCGCAGUGUACAGUUUACAGCUUCCUCAGCUCAGUACCAAUCCCGAGAUUACGGCAGGUGAUUAAGUGCAGCAACAUCAUCAAGCCAGAGUUCUCGUGGCAGCUGGAGAAAGCUGACAUGCCGUGGGACUGCAGCAAAGACGUGUGCACCACCCUGGAGAACCCAGAACAAGUCCAGGUCACCUGUCCGCUCAAUCUAGACAAGGAAGAUUCGAUUGUGAGUACCAAGGACAAGUGGGCGGAGAUGAUCUUGUAUUCGUUCGUCAACCUCUGCAUCCGUCUUGGUCUGAGCAGGGACGAGACCAUCUCCACACUGAACUGUGUGGUACUGGGCCAGGCUGUGGCACGGGAGUACACCAGCAAGUUUGUGGCCGAGAAUUUUACCAAGAGAAAGGACAUCUUUCCCAUCUUUGAUCUGGCAGCAGUGGCCGCCAACCCGACCCCCCUGACCCAGGCCAUCACGGAGGACCAAGAGAUCCGGCAGCAGUUUGUCAAGAAGUACAAGAGCAUCUUUGACAAGUUCUACUACUGGAAGGGGAUUAAACAGGUCAAGAAGAAACCUGACAAGGAUUGACAGCGCGGAGACAUCAGACACCGAUGUGCUGUGUGUUGCAGUCCUGUACCGUGUUGGAGGGAAGACGUUCAUUGUUUGGCAGAUAUAUGGACCAGGGCGUUGGGCUUUGAGUGUCCAGGACCACAAUGUUUUGGCCCAACAAUGAUCAGUCCCACAGCCUGUGUAUGGCUCCACAAUUUUGGGAAAAAAAGUAGGUGUAAUUUUGAGAGAAGACUAUUCAUAAUUUGGUGUGGAAGGAUUUGGGGAAGGAACCUUCAGAAUACGUUUUGGUAAAAUCACAGAAACAGUGCAACACAAGUGUUGUUCACCCCUAACAGAUUUGAGAAAGCAAUGGGGCUUGGCAGAUAUUUUUGAAAGAUUAAUUCCCCUUCCUUCGAAAAGCUUUUUAUAAUGAAUGAACCAAAACGAGAUUAUCUCUUUGAGGCAAGGCUCCCUCUUCCUGUGCACCCAAAAGCUCCCCACUUUGUGCAUGAGUCGCAGGCCGCAAUUUCCCCUAUUUGUGUCCUUCCUUGAUUGUUUAAUUCCCCAAUUGCACUGUCAUCUCCCAAAUUUAGCUUCCUGCGGGAAGCCCCCUGAGAGAACUCCAAUUAAGAAAGCCAAAUUCAUUCUGUCCCCGCCUCACCCACCGUGUUUUCCUUCUGUAGGAUUCGUCUCCAGCGGAAGUCCAUCAAAUCCUAAUUUAUUGUUGGGCUCAUUCGUGCUUCUGCGGUCAACUUGUCUGUAAAUUUAGCACUUACCGAGAAAUAAGGCUUGGAAAUGUCGUCUCGCAAAGCAGCCCUGUCCUGCAGAAAUUGUUCAUUAGUUAAUUAGUGAAUUUCCUGUUACACCGAAGGGCCUGCUGAGAAUAGUAUUCGAAUAUAUACUUUGCAUACAAUGCAUUCGGAUGUACAUGCCGGCAGUUAUUUAUUUCAUGUAAAACAAGUCCAGAUUUUGAAUAAUAAUAGUGCCCAUUGAUGCAUUACAAGAUCGUUUAUCUUUUUGAAGACAUCUUUCGAAUAAAACGGCCAUAGCCGAUGAUAGUAAA